CAAGAGGAAGAGACUCCCCCAAAGUAGGUGGAGUUUCCUGGGCUGCAGGACUUUUGAAAGCACAAUUUAUCUGCGUGUGGAGAAAGAGAUCAGCUAAGUUCGGCUUUGCGAAAGGAAACCACCAGCUUAGAAAUAUGUCUGGGAAACCAAAACUGACGUACUUUGAAGGCAGAGGAAGAAUGGAAUCCAUCAGGUGGCUCUUAGCAGCAGCUGGAGUGGAGUUUGAAGAAACGUUUUUGAGAACAAGAGAACAGUAUUUGAAGUUAAUCAAAGAUGGAUACUUGCUGUUUGAUCAAGUCCCUCUGGUCGAGAUGGAUGGGCUGAAGCUGGUCCAGACCAAGGCCAUCCUCAACUACAUCGCGGGGAAAUAUAACCUCCAUGGGAAGGACCUGAAAGAAAGAGCAUACAUUGACAUGUAUGUGGAAGGAACCAUGGACCUGAUGGGGAUGAUUCUGAUGUAUCCUUUUUCUCCACCUGAGCAAAAGGAGCAGCAGCUUGCUUCCAUCCUUGAGAAGGCCACUACCAGGUACUUUCCAGUCUACGAAAAGGCCCUGAAACAGAAUGGACAAGAGUUUCUCGUUGGCAAUUGCCUCAGCUGGGCAGAUGUACAGCUGCUUGAGGCAAUCUUAAUGGUAGAGGAGAAGAAAGCUGAGGUUCUUGAAUCCUUCCCUCAAUUGCAGGCUUUCAAAGCAAAAGUGAGCAAUCUUCCCACCAUAAAGAGGUUCCUGCAGCCUGGAAGCCAAAGGAAACCACCCCCUGACGAUGCAUAUGUCGCAACUGUGCUGAAGGUUCUCACAAGUGACUAAGAAGUAUGGCAUCAGAUUUUAAGGCCGCUUGCCAGAGUCACUAUGAAUGCUGAAAACCAAGGGGUCUUUAUAUGAAAUGAUUGUUACCUGUCAUGAAAAGCAAAAAAAGUGGCAAUGUGGAAUGUUGAGCAGAUGCUGUUUCCGUGCAUGGGGGCAUAUUGAUUUAAAGUGUGUAAAGUGCUUGCAUUAAAAUAUUCAACAAGAGU